AUGGGUCGCGGGCUAUUUCAGCACGUAUUUCAUCGACGGCAUAAAUCUAAAAAGGAGGAGGAGCCAGCCGCUGAGCCUCGCAAACGCUAUCACCACUGGCUUACUCAUAAACGGACUGCAGAUGCUGAUGAGGAGAGAAUGCGACAGAGUGUUGCCACCAAUAAGAUUGAACCCUGGUUUGGCCGAGUCUUCUCCCCACACACUGAGCAGGCAACUGCUUUGUACACAUUCUCAGCCCAAACAGACCAAGAAGUCUCUUUUAAGAAAGGAGAUACUCUCACUGUGGAAUUCAAUCAGAGUGAGGAGUGGUUGGAGGCAACAAAUGUGGCAACGGAAAAGACGGGCUUCAUUCCCGCUAACUAUAUCAGUUUGGAGCCAAACAUUGUUGAUGUCCUCGAUGCAUGGCAGGACAUACCACGUCUGGAAGCCGAGUGGAAAUUACUUAUGUCUGCACUUCCGCCGGGCACUUUUAUUUUACGGCCUAGUUCGUGUAAGUUAUGCAUUUUACCAUAG